AUGGCGACGACGAUGAUUCUGCAUAUUGAGGUGCAUUAUAAUGGCGUCAGAAAAUUACAGGGGAGGAGGUACGCCGCUGAAAUUAGAGAUCCCUGCAAGAAGAAAAAUGUAUGGCUUUGUACCUUCGAUACGAGGGAGCAAGCCGCUACUGCUUACGAUGCUGCAGUCAGGCUGUUUCAUGGCCACAAGGCCGUUACUAACUUUCUUCCCGUCAUUGAUGAUAACAUCCAAAGCGUUAAAGAUUUUCUUGAAAAGUUUCACGAGAGAAGUGCUAUCAGGCCAUCUUCCCAAGCAGGCAAUAAUGCGGUGAGAGUUUCACUGCCAAAUGAUAAUCCUGUGUGCUGUUUGGAGACAGUGGAUCUCAUUGGGAGUUGGUCUGGAGUCCAGGAUGAUCAGCUACCGGCAACCAUCGGGGAGGAGACUAUCAAUCUUGACCUGAUCAGCCUCGCACCGUCAGGGAGCAUGUGA